GCGGCGGACCUGCAGCUCAGCAGAACGUGAGGCAGACAGAGAGCAGCAGCACAGAUAAACAAAACACUCACACAGCCAAAACCUGACUGGGAUUUUGAUACACAACACUAGCACACACAUAGGUAGGACACCUGAAAUCUAGCACACCUUUACACACAUUUUCUCUCUCUCACACACACUCAGGCGGCGGCGGCAGCAUGUUUCAGUGGAGGCUCCCCCAGGCGCUGUGUGUGCUGUCAGUGUGUGUGUGCCUCGCUCUCGCCUAUGAGGAUGAUAUCGAGGUCAACUACGCUGACACCUACUACAAUGAAAUCACAGAGGGAGAAACACCAGAACCCACACCGAGUCCUGCCCCCUGCAGUUCUGCAGACCUGACCAAAUGGGACAAAAUGUUCUCGAUGUUGGAGAACAGUCAGAUGAGGGAGAACAUGCUGCUUCAGUACGCUGAUGAUAUCAUUAAGGUGGAGAUGGGAUCCCUGCGCAGUGAAAUGUUAAGGUUUGUGGCCCAGUAUGGAGGCUCCUGUGGGGCUGCAGUGGAGACAGCAGGAAGAAGGAUGACCUUGCAGCUGGAGGGUCGUCUCAGAGACACUCUGGACCGCUUCAAGGCUGGAGAUCAGACGUCUGCUGCUAGAAAUUCUGUUGGGAGGUCCAACCACCUGGAGGCUAUGCUACAGCAGCUUCUCUCCACAACACGAACACAAAUGUCCCGACUCGCCAAGCUGGAAACCAGCUGCUUCAGUAGCCCAGGAGCUGGGACGGGGACAAACACCAAGACAGGAUUUCAGCUUCCAAGAGGUGGAGGGGCUGGGCUCAGCGAGCAAGAGGUCACGAGACGAGAUGCUGCUUUAGACAGCGUGCUGGCCGUGCUGCAGGAGAUGAAGGUGGAGCUGGGGGAGGUGCUGAGGUCUUCCAGGCAAAGACAUUUGCCUGCAGGUUGUGAGAUGGCCCUGCUCUUCCCUAUGCGUUCCCGUAGAAUCUACACCGCUGUCAUACCAGAUGUCCGUCUCUCCCUGUCUUCCUUCACUGUCUGCAUGUGGGUGAAGCAGACCACCGUGUCUAACAAAACCGUGCUGUUUUCCUAUGGAAACCGGCGCAACCCAUAUGAAAUCCAGCUGCUGCUCAGCCAAACCUCGGCCCUCUUCACCGUCGGAGGAGAGGCUCACCUGGUGGAGGGCCGGGAUGUGGUGAAACCGGGACAGUGGAUCCACCUUUGUGGAUCUUGGUCCUCUGAGCAGGGCCUGGCGUCUCUGUGGGCAGAUGGUAAAAAGGUGGCCUCCACACCCGGAGUGGCCGAGGGACACGUCUUACCCGAGGAAGGCUCACUCCAGCUGGGGCAGGAGAGAAACGGCUGUUGCCCUACGUCUUCAAGCAGCAGCGUGGCAGGGUUUGAGGGAGGGUUUGACCCCAAGCUGGCAUUCGCCGGAAAGAUGACGGGGGUGAACAUGUGGGACAAGGUGCUUUCAGAAGAGAAGAUUUCCCAGCUGGCUUUGCAGGAAGGCCAGGGUUGCGAUCAGAGGGGGAGCAUUGUGGCAUGGGGCGUGACAGAGAUGGUGCCACAUGGAGGAGCUCAGUUCAUCAUCUGAUUCAUGGUGAAAAUCUUCAUCAGCAUCAUCAUAAUCAUCAUUGUCAUAAACAUCCGCAACUGAUUUCAUCCUAAAACUGAGGAGAUUUACAACUGCUUUUAUCAUGUUUGUUUCUAUAGUUAAAUGUUAGAAUUAUUUGGUAGUAUAAAGACAGCCAGUUUCCUCAUCCUUGUUUUCAUGAAUGCUAAUGCUGCAAUCAAUGAACUCUACUGGACAUGCUCAAAUGAGAGGAAGCCAAUGCUGUGAGAGACUGAAGUCUAUUUUUGUAGCCUAGCCUUUUGAACUGCGGCCGUAACACACACAUUCACAAUCACACUGACGGACAUUCAGCUUAGAAAACUUGUAGCGCAGCAGAAAACGUGCUGCAAGCAGCAUUUACCAAAGACUUCAUUAGAGUACAAGAGAGACAAAGACUCUUUUGUCAAAGUGAACGGGUUCUGAGCCAGUAAACAGAGUAAUCACCAGAGGAGAGGUAAAUAAGAGGUCAUGGACAAUUACUAGAGAUUAUCUUGUGGUUGUAGAUUCUUUAGAAUUCUAUCAAGAUUGUAUUAGUGCAGUUAUUCAAAAUGUCAAUGCAAAAUCCCUUUGAACCUUAACAGGGGACAUGAUUAAAUAUUAAAUUGCUCUGCUACCUUUGCAGUCUUGUAGGUACAAUUAUUAGUAAAUCAACACUACAACUGAAAGCGAAGGUAUCAUACUAAUGUGUUUAUGAUGUGUUUUAAUGUCAUGUGCAGAACAACAUACGAUGUGUGGAAUUCUUACAUGACUGAAAACUGCUGUACUUGCUUUCAUUUUAAAGAUGGCCGACUAGCAACUCAAGAAAAGAUUUUGGCAACUUUUUGUUUUAUCUUCUUGAAUUUGUGAAAGCUUUCAAAGCAAUUGUAAAAUUUUACAUUUCUAAACUUGUACUCAUCACAGUGUUUACAUUCAUAUGAGUUUUAUAAUUCCAAGUCUGUUUCGUUAGUUCUGUUUUUUGUCAGUAGUUCUCAUUUAUUUCUAGGGUAAUGUUUGUGUGUAUUCAUUUUUGAUACUGCAUAAAAUAAUAAGAGUAAAAGUGUUUUAUUUGUCAUGUGAGAUUGACAUUUUUGAAUUUGAUAUAAGAAAGUGAGGACAAUGUUUACAUAACCUAAUCUUUUAUGGACUAAACUGUCAUGUAUUAUACUGUAAAUUACUUUUGUUCUUGUGAAAAGGUGAAAUGAAUGUAUUUUGUACAUAAAUAUAUUUUGCAUAACGUGACUGGAUGAAUGGAGAGUGAGUCAUGAAUAAAGAUUUCAAAUUAUAGUAA